AAUUUCAAGAAACGGAUGUUGGGAUCGGUGGAUGCCGUAAAGCGAAUCUUAAAAUGUAUCACAUCAGCCAAGUACCAACGACACUUCCGGAUAUUUUGCCUACGAAAUAAUAUUUUCCGUAUGCAGACAGCACGAAGAAAGCGAAAAUUAUGCGAUUUAUUACUGCUCUGUGGUGGUCUAUUAACCAAACCAAUCAUAGAAAGUGCCCGUUGUAAAGAUCCGUUGGUGAAGAUGGUAGGGGAAGAGAAUCCGUGGUUGGUAGCUUCAACGCGUAUUGAAACAACAUCGAACGAUUAUAGUUAUCUCAGUAUUCGUAUGGUCAUAUAUUUGUACAGGACAACUGUACGGGCAAUCAAAAUAAUGCUAAGGAUAGUAUCAUUAUCACUGUUCUUUACCCCGUUAUUGAUUACUUCCCCAAUUGCGUAUUUUUGGAGUAGUUUUGGAGAACUGUGGUGGAGAUGGCUGUUGUGGAUGGUGCAGCGAAGUGGUCCGACUUUUAUCAAGCUCGGUCAGUGGGCAAGUACACGGCGCGAUAUCUUUUCGAAGAGUUUUUGUGAUAGAAUGUCAGUUUUGCACACUAAAACGACAUGUCGUCCAUGGCAUCGUUCGCAAUAUGCACUCGAUCACUUAUUUGGUAGUUCUCGAUGGAAAGAUUUUGUCGUGUCGGUAGAAACUGAUGCUAUUGGUUCUGGAUGUAUUGCUGAAGUGUAUAAAGGUAUCCUUGAUGUGUGUACUUUCGAGAAGAUUACAGGGAUUCAUUUGCCAUUUGCGAAGGAUCGACAUGUUGAUAUUGCCAUCAAAACUGUAAAAGAUGGAGUUCGUGAAAGCAUUGAUAUUGAUUUGUCGAUAAUGCAAUGUGUUGUUCGCUUGAUGGAAAUGCUCAUACCUCGAUUGUCGUAUAUAAAUCCGGUGUCUUGUUUAAAUCAGUUCAGAGAAGUGCUUGAGCUACAGGUGGAUUUAAGGAACGAAGCAAGAGCUCUAAAAAGAUUUGGUGAUAAUUUUGAUCCUAAAAAAACACGAGUGCGGUUUCCUGAGGUCAUAUGUUAUUCUAGAGGUGUCAUUAUUGAAACAUUCGAAAAUGGAUUAUGCAUCAACAAAUUAAUUACCGACGAACAGUUGAUGGAGCAAAAUGAACUGAAGAAAAAAGUUGCGCUCAUUGGGGUGAGAGCAUUGUUGAAAAUGAUUUUUGUAGAUAAUUUCGUACACGGCGAUCUUCAUCCUGGCAACAUUCUUUUAAGGUUUGAUAAUCGUGACCAGCGACCGACCAACUGGUUUAUUUCUUUUCGGACUUCAAUUAACAAAUUGAAAGAAAUACUACGAAGUUUUACCAGUAUGAGCUAUGGUAUCCGGAUUUCAUAUGAUGAUUACUGUCGUAAUGAGUCCGGAGAACCUACCCUCGUCAUAUUGGAUACAGGCAUUGCUCUCGAACAGAAACCACAAAAUUUGCAAAAACUUCGUCUUCUUUUUCGAGCAGUUGUCGAUAAAAGAGGGCGUGAUGUUGGUGAAUUAUUACUCUUGCAUUCUCCAAAACAGCGCUGCAAAGAUCCCGAAGCAUUUUAUGAUGAGGUGGAUCAGAUCGUUCAAAUAGCACGCUCCAAAAGCAAUUUGAGAAGGCUGAAUAUAUCCGAAAUGUUAAAUGAAUUAUUUUCAAUCGUAAGUCGUCAUGAAGUUGCUCUGGAUCCGUCAUUUACGACAGUUGUGCUAGCAGUUAUAGUUUUGGAAGGUUUGGGACGUUCGUUAGAUCCUGAUUUGGAUCUCUUUCACUGUGCUCGACCUUUUCUUUUUUCCAUGAUUUAAUUUUAGAAUAUCAUUUGGAAAUGUUUG